CGCGGGUACAGCGCGAGAGAAGACCGAGCGCGAGAAAAACAAACCCCUUACUCGCCCGCGCUUUCUAAUACGCAAGGAAGGGGGUGUUGGCAUUCCCCUUGCUGACAUCGUCAGCGGGGACCUCUCCGCUUUGCAAGGGUACGAUGCCCCGAUGGGCAACAGAAGCUCGAUAAAGUUAGACAUUUGGCUCGGGGGAUACCGCAGAUGGGAAAAACAGAUACAGACAAAGGAUGACACGGCUGCUCGUAAGCCUAUCACCUUCGAGAAGCUUGUAACGCACGUCGCAAACCGUGUGAAGGACUUUCUCGAGAGCGGUGAACGAGACCCGACGAGACAGAUGGACCUGGAAUGGACCAUCAAAGGAAUGAAUCAGACAGUGCAGGAAGCUCACGAGAUAUCCGUGGAAAAUCUCGCUCUCAUUGGGGUGACGUUCGUCUCCCAAGGAGCCAUUAUGCCGCUUCUGCAGCGCAUGUCCUAGUGUAGUCUAUCGCAGGCUCGCCUUUUCUCGAGAAUUUUUGAUCGCAACCUUAUUUUCAUUGCUGUGCCAUUUAAUAAUACGUAAUGUUUUGACGAGCC